AGAAUUUCCAAGAAACUAUCGGCGGCCAUGACACUUUACCCGCAUCGGAUCAUUGUUGUUUACAUCAUACGAAGAGAGAGUGACAGCGUAAAUAUAUUUUAUAAGCUGCAUGAAAUCCAUUGUAAUGUUAUUGCUACAUCUGUGAAGUUGUAAGAAUGGAAAAUUGAAUUGUGAACAUUAUUAUACAGUGCGAUCUCUGGUGUCAUCUACCUAUGAUGCACGUAGCAUUGUUUUUGUCAUCGGUAGCGUUAACUAACUAACGUCACCGGUAGAAUCAGCCACAACUUAUCAGCCACAACCUCCCUUAUCUCACCUCAUUUGCUCACAUCGUAUAUAAAAUUAUUUUUCUACUGUAUUAUUGACCGUAUGUUUGUUUUACUCCAUGUGUAACUCUGUGUUGUUGUAUGUGUCGAACUGCUUUGCUUUAUCUUGGCCAGAUCGCAAUUGUAAAUGAGAACUUGUUCUCAACUUGCCUAACUGGUUAAAUAAAGGUUAAAUAAAUAAAUAACAUUUUUUAUAAUAUUUUUUACAAUCGUAACUAUUUUAAUGCAUACAAUCGCUUAAAUCCGUGCAUUGUUGUAUGGUAUUGUAACGACCCUGGGUUUAUAAACGCGUAAAUCGACCCUGGGAGGUUGUGAAAGCAUGUGCAGGCUAAAGUACAGUAACGUUAGUGUACAGUAGUUUAUUUUCGGUCCCAGUAUAUGGCACAAUUUUCCAGUAUAUGGUACAAUACAAUCUAGUAUUAGCUAAUACAUGUAUUAUGUUAGCUAGUUUAAAGGUGUGAAAACCGUGAUAUUUGCCUUGCAUUUCAACCUAGACACACAUACAUAUGAGUUAGCAACGUGUUAGGCUAUUCAAUUCCCUUGACGUUCUGCAUGCAUGAAUACUUUACCAUAAUGGAAGAUAUGCAUUGUGUUAAUCUUACUAUUUGCCAAUGUAGCUGGGCGGCAGGGUAGCCUAGUGGUUAGAGCGUUGCACUAGUAACCAAAAGGUUGCAAGUUCGAAUCCCCGACCUGACAAGGUGCAAGUCUGUCGUUCUGCCCCUGAACAGGCAGUUAACCCACUGUUCUUAACUGACUUGCCUAGUAAAUAAAUGUAAAAAAAAAAAAAAGUGACAUGCAUUGAAUGUGAGAUAAAUGCAGUGUGUACUUUGCAAAGAUGAAAACCUGUAUAUGUAUUUAUAUAGGCAUUCUUUGUCCUAGUAGCUGUCACUUAUCAUUCAUGCUGUAGAUGUAUUCUCUGUAUGAACCCUUGGACAUAGGGAGUGCUCCCUCCUGCCUCGUUCAGCCCCUGCCCCUGGUAAUCUACCCAAGGCCCCCUUGUAUCCAUCCCAGGCUUCUGUCCUUCCGGUGAGGGAGAAUGAGUAGAAUAGGUGAAGGAGGCAGGAAGGACAUCACCUAUUCUACUGGUCUUCGUGCAGAGUUAAAAAAAUAUAAUAAAUGAGAAGCUUAGAAAUGGUAAUUGAGUAUUUGCUAAUGUUGCUUCUAUAUUGUCUGUAGCCUAUGACUAAUGGCAGGAACUCUCAUGACAGACAAGUCUGAGAUCUGUCCUUUUUUUCCAAUGUUGGCCUCUGCUACGCUGAUCUUCAACAUAGGGGGUCCCUCAGGGGUGAGUUCUCAGUACCGGUUCACUCAUAACUGCAUGGCCAAGCACGAAUCCAACACCAUCAUUAAGUUUGCCGACAAUACAACAGUGGUAGGCCUGAUCACCGACAACGAUGAGACAGCCUAUAGGGAGGAGGUCAGAGACCUGGCAAUGUGGUGCCAGGAUAACAACCUCUCCCUCAACGUGAUCAAGACAAAGGAGAUGAUUGUGGACUACAGGAAAAGGAAGACUGAGCAUGCUCCCAUUCUCAUCGAAGGGGCUGUAGUGGAGCGGUUGAGAGCUUCAAGUUCCUUGGUGUACACUUCAACAACAGAAAAGAUGAAAAAAGAUUUGGCAUGGGUCCUCAGAUCCUCAAAAGUUGUUCUCGGGAGACAGAUCAGUGUCUGUAGAGAGAAAACAUUUGACCAGGUGGAGUCAGGCUUCUUCUUCAUCUUUGGACCACUACACCAACAAGGCAGAAGACGCCAAUUUUGGAUCAAUUAUGCUGAUGCCCCACUGUAAGAACCUGGAGAUCUUCACUGUUUCUGGUGGAGGUGACGUGGCCACAUACAAUCCGUGGGACACCUUCCAACGCUACCUCUGUCUGGACAACAGCCAGAGGGUGAUCAAGACAUCUUCAACCCCAUUGGAGGAGACGACCCAAGGUUCCUUGCCUCAGACUUCCUCCAAUGGGUUUUUGAGAAGGAUGUGAGUAGUGAGGAGUUGAGCAGAGAUUAAUUGGGACAGAGCUCAUGUCAUUGUUUUAGGUGGAAAUGUAUUCAGUUUGCAGCACAGGAGGUUGGUGGUGCUGUACCUUAAUUGAGGAGAACAGGCUGGUGGUAAUGAUGAGUGGAAUAGUAUCAAAGACAUCAAACAAAUGGUUUCCAGGUGUUUGAUGUCAUUCCGUUUGCUCCGUUCCAGCCAUUCUUAUGAGCUGUUCUCCCCUCAGCAGCCUUCUGUGGUCACACUUACAUAUUUUGUUCUACCUGUGCUCUUUCUACAGAUUUUAUUAUAUUUAACUAGGCAAGUCAGUUGAGAACAAAUUCUUAUUUACAAUGACUGCCUACACCGGCCAAACCCAGAUGACGCUGGGCCAAUUGUACGCCGCCCUAUGGGACUCCCAAUCACGGCCGGUUGUGAUACAGCCUGGAUACGAACCAGGGUGUCUGUAGUGGCUCUGGCUUGCUGAUAUCAUCUGAUCCGAUGAGACUCCCUGCGAUUUGACUCCUGUAUUACUGACAGUUUUCAAUAAAACUUCCAAUGACAAAUUGAAAUAAUUUGAGAUUCUGUAAUUGAAAGACAAUUGUAGUUCCCAAUCAGAUAAUUACUAUAAAACAAAUCUGUUUUCCUCAUUGCAGUUGUAAACAACCAUCAUCGACUCCAUCCUCAGCUCCUCCAUCACUGCAACGGAUUGUCCGGUCUGCUGAGAGGGUCAUUGGCUGCCACCUGCCCUCCUUCGAGGUCCUGCACGACUCCAGGGCAAGGAAGCGUGCAGGAAAGAUCAUUGCCAACCCCUUCCGUCCCCUCUGGCAAACGGUUCAGGUCAAUCACGACCAAAACCUCACGCCACCUGAACAGUUUCUUCCCAUUACAUUUACAUUUAAGUCAUUUAGCAGACGCUCUUAUCCAGAGCGACUUACAAAUUGGUGCUUUCACCUUAUGACAUCCUUGUGCCAUGGCCCUCAUCCAACCGGCAACCUGGUCUACGAUGAUCCUGUCAUCCAUGGACUUUGUACUCUGCGCUAUUCAUUCACAGACUAUUCACUGCACUAUCAUCCCAGAACUGCAAAUUGCUCUUUGCAUUCUCUUACAUGCAUAAUUUAUAAUGUAGCUUAUAGCGCUCACAGUGUACAUACUGUAUGUGAAUCUGUGGAGAUUCUGCAUCUAUAUAUUUUUUGGUCUGUAAAUGUUGUUUAUCAUCUGUCUGUAUAUUGUUUAUUGUUGCAGCACCAUUUCAGUCAUUCCUGUACAUGCAAAUGUAUUUGGCGAAUAAAGCUGAUAUGUUAACCUGA